AUGGGGACUGGAAACUAUACAGCUGUAACAGAGUUCAUUAUUUUGGGGUUAACAGAGGAUACUACAAUGUGUGUCAUUUUAUUUAUUGUGUUUCUAGGAAUCUAUGUUGUCACCUUAAUGGGCAAUGGCAGCAUAAUCAUGUUAAUCAGAAGCAGCCCUCAGCUUCAUAUCCCGAUGUACCUUUUCCUCUGCCACUUGGCCUUUGUAGACAUCUGUUACACCUCAUCAGUCACACCUGUUAUGCUCAUGGGCUUCCUCAGGGAAGGAACCUCUAUCCAUGUUGCUGGCUGUGUAGCCCAACUCUGUUCUGGGGUCACAUUUGGGACAGCUGAGUGCUUCCUGCUGGCUGCCAUGGCCUAUGAUCGCUAUGUAGCCAUCUGCUCACCACUGCUCUACUCCACCCACAUGUCUCCCAGAAUCUGCAUUCUCUUAGUGGGGAUGUCCUACCUAGGUGGAUGUGUGAAUGCUUGGACAUUUACUGGCUGUUUAUUAAGUCUAUCCUUUUGUGGGCCAAAUAAAGUCAAUCAUUUUUUCUGUGACUAUUCACCACUUUUGAAGCUUUCCUGUUCUCAGGAUUUUAUUUCUGAAAUGAUUCCAGCCAUCUCUUCUGGCUCUAUCAUUGUGGUCACUGUGUUUAUCAUUGCUCUGUCUUACGUCUACAUCCUUUUCUCCAUCUUGAAAAUGAAUUCCACUGAGGGGCGCCAUAAAGCUUUCUCCACCUGCACUUCUCACCUCGCAGUGGUCACUCUGUUCUAUGGGAGCAUAACAUUCAUUUAUGUGAUGCCCAAGUCCAGCUACUCAACUGAACAAAACAAAGUGGUAUCUGUGUUCUACAUGGUGGUGAUCCCCAUGUUGAACCCCAUCAUCUACAGCCUCAGAAACAAGGAAGUUAAACAGGCAAUGAGAAAAUUGAUGGCUAGAACACAUUGGUGGUCAUAA